GUCGCGGUCCACCGCCAAAUUCAAACGCAUAAAGACGAAGUUCCCGUUGACAACUGUUGUUAAGAGGUUUCUUCAGGAGACACGGAGAGGCAACAACCAACUUUACAAGCUUCAGCAUGUCGUCGUCGGUGAUGAGUGGCGUGGCGGUGUGGAGGGCUCACAGUGUUCUGGAGGAGUCGGACGGGGGCGAGUCCAGCUCCCCUGAGGCCCCUCCUCCCGACCGCUUCAGGAAGCUACGCUCCUCUUCCUCUCUCAACUCCCUCCGCAUGUCUCUGAAGAAGAGGCUUCCGCUGCGUUCCGUACAGACAAACUCCCUGCCAGACCCUGAGCUGACCCCUGACCCCACCUGGGAGAGUCUGCAGGCCAAUCAGAAGAGCAGCGCUGUCUGCCAGCUCACACGCUGCGCGCGCAGCCACAUCGGGGGAGUGUAUCAGAGGCUUCAGAGGAACAGAGCAGUGGUACAGGAUCAAGAGGAGUGUUUGGUGGCGACACCUGGCCAGGUGUGUGAGGGGGUAGAGAACAACGAGGGGGUUACCUCCCGUACACCUAGGCGCACCCCCGUCCGUUCCACCACACUCGUAGCCACAACAACCCCCAGACGCACCCCCAGAGCCACCGCGCCCAAACGCACCCCUGCCUCGGGCCGCGGGAGGAGGAGAACCCCAGGGCGAAGUCCUGAGGUGACGGGGGUGAAGAACGUGGGAGGGAGGAGGCAGCUGGUUCGGAUGGCUGCACUACGAAGCCCCUUCGCAUCUCCUCAGAGCCUCAAGCGGAAGUUUGGCCGGGACCUGGAGAGUGUGUCGAGCGGUCUCAGGAAGCUGAAACGUCUGUCCCACGCCUUUGACGAUGUCAUAGGGAGAGACGACCGCAGAACCUUCAACUACUCUCUAAUCGCAGAGUAAAUAUGCAGGUCCCGUGCAGCAGAGCGUUUUAUGGAGGGAGGGUGGUGAGGAGGAGGUUGGACCCCAGCGGGAUGCUGAGCUGCUCCUCUUUCACAGACGUCAGACGCCUCACACUCCUAUCUGCUCGGUCUCACGUCAGAAUUUAGACGUUGAUCCAUGUUUCUAAAACGUCAAAUUGCUAAUUUUUUUUUUUUUUAAAGAUUGAGUUUAGGAAUUUAACUCAAAUUUUUUUAGAUUUUAGGGUUAAGUUCAGGCUGGUUUCUCCCGACGUCCUCAGACAUGGAUGGACGUCGAAUACUGACUUGUAUCACGGAUAACCUGGUUCACCUUGCGGUCCUCAAGCCACACAUACCUUCCUGUUACAGUGUGUUGGUCUGAGGACUAGGUAUCUUUACAUAUUCUAUAUGUACAGUUGCAGCCAAAUAUAUUGGCGUCUUUGCAACUUCUCUUUAAAUAAUUCCCUAUUUCUUCAUCCUAAGUUGACAUUUUUGAAAUGAGUCUCCACACCUUUUUGUUAUUAGUCAACAUUGCAGAAUGUUGUUGUUGCUGGAACUUGUUUUCAGUCUUUGGUCAAGAUGACUGUCAACAAAUGCUUCUUCUUUCCUCAAUGAGCUGCACUAUUCCACUGCCAUUCUUCAGAAAACAACUGUUCUCGUUAUUCAAUGCCCUGAGCUCUUCCCCCCCCCCCAAGGUAAUGGAUGUGAUUUAGAUCUGGACUCUUCAGAACAGCCUUCACUGGCCAGAACAGCCUUCACUUCCCAGAACAGCCUUCACUUCCCAGAACAGCCUUCACUGGCCAGAACAGCCUUCACUGGCCAGAACAGCCUUCACUGGCCAGAACAGCCUUCACUGGCCAGAACAGCCUUCACUGGCCAGAACAGCCUUCACUGGCCAGAACAGCCUUCACUUCCCAGAACAGCCUUCACUGGCCAGAACAGCCUUCACUUCCCAGAACAGCCUUCACUGGCCAGAACAGCCUUCACUGGCCAGAACAGCCUUCACUGGCCAGAACAGCCUUCACUGGCCAGAACAGCCUUCACUUCCCAGAACAGCCUUCACUUGCCAGAACAGCCUUCACUGGCCAGAACAGCCUUCACUGGCCAGAACAGCCUUCACUGGCCAGAACAGCCUUCACUUCCCAGAACAGCCUUCACUGGCCAGAACAGUCCAGUGUUUUCUUCUUGAACCAUUCCAGGGUGCUUCGGUGUGUUUUAGGGUUUGUUGUCCUACUGGAAGACCCACAACCUUCAACAGAGACUGUUUUUGUGGGGGUGGGGUGGGACACUUGGUUGAACCAUUGCACUCGAAAAUACUCUGAUAAUCUGCUCAUUGCAUGAUUAUUUUGUCUUGUUUGGGGGGGGUCCCAAAUCAGGCUUUCUGGUGUCUCCUUCAGCAGUGGGGGUCUUCCUGGUGUUUACCAACAACCAAAACAAACCAUUCAGAUAAUAUAACACCCUCCCUACUAUCAAAGAUGGUGGCGGUUUGAUAAUGCUGUUGCUUUGCUGCCUUUAGUAAUACUAAUAAUAAUACAGGUCUUGGAACACGUGCAAGAUAUGAAAUCAGCAGAUUCUGGGUGUUUGGAGUCCAAUGUUCAACCCAGUAUCCAAAAAACUGGGUCGCCAUUAAAGGUUGUGGGUCGUCCAGUAGGAUAAUGACCCCCAAACAGAGGUUCUGGAGAGCCCAGCGAAGAGUCCCCAAAUUGACAGUAGAAAAAGUACGACCAAGCAUAUUUUUUUUUUGCUACAAUAAAUGUUUUGUCUGCGGUUAUCUUGGUCAAUAGUGCUGCGCGACCCAAGUACUAGCUCUGGGGUGCCAAUAAUUUUGUCGAUGCCAUUUUGUCUUUUAAGUUUACAAUUAUAAUUUUAGAAAAUGUAAAGUUUACAAAAAUCAAAUUGGUUCUGCAAUGUUGACGAUGUAAUAAGGUGUGGUGACUAAAAGUUUCUCAAAUUUCAACUUAUUUGAGGAAAUAGGGGACUUAAGAAAAGUGCCAACAGUACAUGUGCGUAUUGGUACAUACUGGUUACUGUCUACCAGCCUGGGACCGUUUCAAUACAGUACGUUCAUGUCUAUGUAUUCUAGUCACCUUAUGAUGCCCUGCCCACUUGACCCAGUUCCUGAUCCAACAUGAUGGUUUCCCUUAUUCCAGCCCAUUCACAAACAAGCAAAACAUUGAUAAAUAUAAAUUACAUUUAUCACAAAUAUUCAAUAUUCUAAUUAAUAAAAGGAGCUGAAGGAGGGAAAACUCACAAAUUGGAUUUCCCUUGUUGACAGGCAUCAUAAGGUGAAUACUUUAACAGAAUGGGAUUCGUUUCUAUGCUUAUAGAUUCCAUAAUGUAACAGGUUUGUUUUAUACAUGAUGGGAUGUUAAGGUGAAACUAGAUGACAUUUCUUAACCGGUAGGAUUCAGCCAAGAGCACACACACAUUUUUUUUUUUAAAUGUAUUUUUUUUUUACUGCAUAAAUGACAGGGUAGCCUACUCUGCUGCCACUGACGAACAGAUCAACAAAAACCGAUGUCUGAUCCAUAUAAUUGGCCUAUGAAAACAGGAGACACUAAUACAAUGGAGGAGGACGUUUUAUUGUCCAAAAACAAACACAAGUGUCACUGAUCCGAUGAUAAAGACUGAAUAUGCAAACACCCCGUGUGGGGACAUGGCCGACGUUCUCUGCUGGGGCCGGUAAGACAGGCUACUGUUCGUUCGAUUAAGUUAACAAUUUUGAUUAGCAAAAAUACAGAUUGGACCCUUCUCGUAAUAUCUUUACAGCAAUAUCCAUUUGCUUUCUAAACAGUUUUUUUUCCCCCGGAUUGUAUCUUUAAAUAUUGCGAUUAUGCAUGGCUGGGUCUCUCUGCUUUUCACUGACAGUCGCAACUCAACAGUCAUCUAUUGGUAUUGCAGCAGCCGCUGCCCAAAUUGCGGGCCUUUCCGACUGUAGUCUAUGCGAUUUUUAAAACAAUCCACAGGUUACAAUAAGCUAAUGAUCCUCUGUUGCCCAAUCAUGCUUUCUGGUGUAGUAGCCUAUUUUGAAUGAUUUUAUUCAUUUAUGUAUAGUCAUGAGUAAGCUAAUUAGGCUGUAUACUUUUGGCAAUUUUUAAUUCAAUUUAUUUUAGGGAAAUCUUAGCUUCCCCUACCUAGCCUUAUGGACAUGAUGCCUAUGCCUUUUUUUAACGUGGCAUAAACACAACCAGUUAUGUUGUUUUUUCCUACUCCUUCCUGUGGGCUAUCCCUACUCCUUCCUGUAGGCUAUCCCUACUCCUUCCUGUAGGCUACCCUACUCCUUCCUGUAGGCUAUCCCUACUCCUUCCUGUAGGCUAUCCCUACUCCUUCCUGUAGGCUAUCCCUACUCCUUCCUGUAGGCUACCCUACUCCUUCCUGUAGGCUACCCUACUCCUUCCUGUAGGCUACCCCUACUCCUUCCUGUAGGCUAUCCCUACUCCUUCCUGUAGGCUAUCCCUACUCCUUCCUGUAGGCUAUCCCUACUCCUUCCUGUAGGCUAUCCCUACUCCUUCCUGUAGGCUACCCUACUCCUUCCUGUGGGCUAUCCCUACUCCUUCCUGUGGGCUAUCCCUACUCCUUCCUGUGGGCUAUCCCUACUCCUUCCUGUGGGCUAUCCCUACUCCUUCCUGUAGGCUAUCCCUACUCCUUCCUGUGGGCUAUCCCUACUCCUUCCUGUGGGCUAUCCCUACUCCUUCCUGUAGGCUAUCCCUACUCCUUCCUGUAGGCUAUCCCUACUCCUUCCUGUAGGCUAUCCCUACUCCUUCCUGUAGGCUAUCCCUACUCCUUCCUGUAGGCUAUCCCUACUCCUUCCUGUAGGCUAUCCCUACUCCUUCCUGUAGGCUAUCCCUACUCCUUCCUGUAGGCUACCCGCGCUCAUCCAUCCACUUACAAAAUAAUUUCAGCAUCCCAACCCCCAACAGUGCAUCCGCAAUUUGAUGAAUGGAAAGAUACAUCUGUUACAAAAACACCUCCGUAGAGAUUGAAAUGAUGUCCUGUGAUCGUCAUUAGGAGCAGUACACUUGUAGUUUGAAUUGAUGUAUCCACUGUUGUCCUCGGGUCUCCGCGCCUCUGUCGCCGCCAUGACAAAAUGUAAAUUUUCUCCUCGAACUACAACGCGGAGGACACACCAUCCGGUUUCCCUAAUUGUUCAUGCGGCUGAUGUGCACUACUGUUCCAUAAUGGUGUGAUAGGCUGUAGUUUGUUUGGGGCAUGUUGUAUUAAUUGUGAUAGGUUCGCUCUACCGGACCAUACCGCCUUACUUUCGUCCCUGGGUAAAGCUGACAUUCACUGAGAGUCUAGGGCCACUGUUAUUCUAAUGGGAAAGAGGGGGGUUACCUAAACAGUUGUACAACUGAAAUGUGUCCUUUGAAAUUUAACCCAAACCCCCUCCUGAAUCAGAGAGAGGUGCGAAGGGUUGUCUUAAUCCACAUUCAAGUCUUCGGCGUCAGGGGACUAAUGAUAACAUGUUAUUCAGAUGUUGGGAAUCCAUGUGGUUUUAUACAUGUUAUGAAUCGAUGUUUACAUAUCAGGAGUGAUAUCUGAGAGUCUCCUGUCGCCAUGGGGACUAAACUGACGAGACGAGAGUCACCAGUCUUGUAACAGCACAUUGCAAUACAUCCCGGGUUACACUUGUGUUGCAGUAAUUCACAUUUACCCGACAGACGGCAUCAAAGUGCCAUUUUUACACCCAUAACACAAACCUUCCAAAAAUGCUUAUUCUUAUUUACAAUGAUGGACAAAUACCAAAUGUUACACUAAUAUUCUAUGAACACUAAUAUGUUUAGAGCAAUGGCUACCUGUCGUUCAGGGCAGGUUUGCCUUGCCUGUUUUUGCAUGUUAUUUUGGCAUUAAUACGUGUCACAUAUCAGUUUGCAAAAAAAUGUAGAAAAAUAUAUAUCGAGUUAAUAAAGCUACAAACAAACAAA